AUGGGGGGGCGUAUGAGUAAGAAGACCCCUGGAACUCCGUCUAAUAUCAACCUUAAUGCUGAUAUGGUAACUGAACUGAGGUCAUAUGAAGCUGCCUGCAAGCUUGACUCAGAUUUGCAGUCAUUUGACACUAACCUUCAAGCUCGAACGAAUCAGGUCAUCAAUACUCUUGCAGUUGGAGUUGAAGUUCGAUCCCUUUCGUUUGAUUCACUCAGACAAGUCACGGAAUGUCUUCUUGAGAUGAAUCAGGAAGUUGUCAAGGUAAUCUUAGACUGUAAGAAAGAUAUAUGGCAGAGUCAAGAACUGUUUGAGCUUGUUGAGGAGUAUUUCGAUAAUAGCUUGAAGACUCUAGAUUUCUGCAAUGCUUUAGACAAGUGCCUAAAGAGAGCUAGGGAUAGUCAAUUGCUUAUUCAUCUAGCUCUUCAAAAGUUUGAAGAAGAAUCUGUUUCAGGAGACAAUUGCUAUGCGAGGACGCUAGAGGAGCUGAAGAAUUUUAAGGCUAUCGGUGAUCCUUUCACAGAAGAGUUCUUCCAAAUAUAUCAAUCUGUUUAUAAUCAACAAGUACUCAUGCUUGAGAAGUUGCAACUCAGAAAAGGGAAGCUUGAUAAGAAACUGAAACAAAUUCGUACUUGGAAGAAGGUCUCGCUUAUCAUAUUUGUUGCCACUGUUGCUGCUGUGUUGAUCUGCUCGGUUGUAGCGGCAGCUGUUGCUUCUCCCCACAUCGCGGCUGCUCUAGCCGCUCUUACUGCUAUCCCAGUCGGUUCAAUGGGAAAGUGGAUUGAUUCCUUGAUGAAGAACUAUGAAAAUGCAUUGAAAGGACAUAAAGAAGUUACUAUCGCAUUGGAAGUUGGAUCCUAUGUAGCUAUAAAGGAUUUGGACAAUAUACGGAUUCUAGUGAAUCGACUUGAAGUUGAGAUCGAAUCCUUAAAGACGAAUGUGGAUUUCGCCAUUGAGGAAGAAGAAGCCGUAAAGGUUGCAAUAGAGGAAAUCAAGAAGAAGUUGGGAGUUUUUAUGAAGAAUGUCGAAGAUUUAGGAGCUCAAGCUGAUACAUGUAGCCGUGACAUUAUAAGGGCAAGGACGGUGGUUCUACAAAAAAUCGUUAAACUUCCCCACAAAUGA